AUGAGCAGAGCAUUCUGCCGUGUAAAAAAGAAGAACUACAGUGUGGUGACGGACUCUGCCUCUUAAACUGGCUGCGCUGUCACUAUAAGAAGGACUGUGGCAGAGACUAUAUGUCCAUCAAACUAACAUGCUCAAAAGUUCACUUGAACCAGAGCAGCCCAACCAGCGAGUUCCCCAGCUAUGGUGAAAAUGGAAAUGAUACCAGUUUACUUGUUUCACCCCUUCUGGUGGCUGGAGUGGUGAUUGGACUUGUGCUGUUUCUGUCCUGUGUUACAAUCGUCGUUGGCAGUCUGCGAAAGGACGGUCGGUUGAGACACCCACAGCUGAGGAGAGAUGCUGUUUAUGCUCCAGAUGGCUUCUCUUAUGGUGGCUCUUUUGGAGAACUGAGAUCCACCUGCAUGGAAGAGUUUCCCCCAGCUUUUGAUUUCGGUUCCUAUCUGGAUACACUUUCUCAGGUGAAUGUGAUGUACCCUGACUCACCUCCACG